UCAUGCGCACUAGUACCGUCAGCCAUCUUGGAAUUCUUGACAAGAAUUUUGUACAAAGAUCCAAACUUUUUCCUAGAAUUAUUAUGAACCAAGCCCUAAUGAGCCCGUUUUUCUAGAGAAUGGCAAAUACUACAGGGAUGGCAACAAAAUAUUUAAUAGAUAUGUUGAAUAUUGGUGGAAAAAGUGCAGAUAAUGUUGGGUCAAAAGACAAUUCAGAAAACAAAGCCACUGAAAAAGUUGAAGAAGAUGAAACAGUUAGAGAGUCAGUAUCAGUGACAAGUUCUGCUGCUUUAGCAUCUCCAUUGAAUCAGGCUAUGUCAGAUAUGUCACUAUCAGAGGGUGAGAUUCCAGGUUUUCUGGAUGGAUCUACUCCCAGAAUCUCUCUUCAUCCUAUCAACCAAACAAUUCAGUUAAAAGGUGAUGGUACAGAAGGCAGUAUGUGUGUUUAUGGGAAUCAAGUUGAGGUCAUCAGCGGUCAGAAUGCAAACUCUAAUAACACAGCCAGCAAUAAGAUCAAGAUCAACCAAAUGGUAAAGUAUGACUGGGAUCUGAAGUACUACAGAGGGAGCCUGAUAGCAUUGGGUAGUGAGUUCAUUGCUUAUACAUUAAAAGGUCGUAGUGGUUAUGUCGUUCGGCUUCUCAACCCCCAAACAGCAACUCGUGCCCUCAUCAAAGGUUUUACUGGUCUCAUAACAGACCUGGCCUUUGCACACAGGAACUCUAAUACCCUGGCAUGUGUUGAUGAAGGAGGAAAUGUAUUUGUGUGGAAUGUCCGAGAGCAGGGCGAUAAGAUAGAAUAUAAAAUCAAACUGCAUGUGAAGCGCUCACCAACUCCUGUUUCAGAGUAUCACAGAAUAUUUUGGUGUCCUUAUCUACCUGAUGAUGAAGACGAUGAAGGAGGACAGGAUGAUGUUGAUGACAGAUCUUUAGCCAUCACCCAUGAUAACCUGGCCGAAGUCAUUGAUGUUGCUAUGGUUGUUGCAAGAUGCGACUGCAAUGAAGUUACAGUAGACAUGCUGGAACAAGGCGAGGGAUAUGUUUCCAUUAUUGAUGGUCAUACCAAGCCAAUCACAGAUGGGUCAUUGUCUCCUGACAAUGCUGUCCUGGCCACGGCAAGUGAGGAUGGCUAUGUGAAGUUCUGGCAGGUUGCAGACAUGAUGCCAGAGGCAGAACAUAAAUGCCUACAUGCAUUCCAACCUCAUGAUGGAGCACCCUUGUCAUCAAUAGCAUUCUGUGAUAAUCACAUUGAGCAUGAGAAAGAUGUUCCAAUGUGGAGGUUUAUGAUCACUGGUGCAGAAUAUAACAGAGAAAUCAAGGUUUGGUGUACUGUUGAAUGGACUUGUCUGCAAACACUAAGAUUUACUAGCCCAACCGCUGAUAUUUCCAGUGUUCUAGGUGAUUCAUACUUCAAACUUCAGCUGGAUGCCACAGCAAGAUACUUGGUAUUGUCAGACAUUGGACGACGGGUUUUGUACGUACUUCUUAUUCACCAAGACAGAAGUGAAGGAAGAGCUCACAUUUCUUCCAUCACAGACUUCCAGCUCACCCAACCACUCCUCAGCUUUGUGAUCACAAAAGUAAAGCUUUUUAAGCUCAAGAGAACUGACCAGCUAGUACAAGAGAAUGGCAAUGAAGAUGGCAAUGAUGACAUGGAUGAUGCUGAUAACCUUGAGGAAUUGGAUGAGAGUGAGCUGGAUUCCCUUGAGAGAAGAAAGAAUCUCAUGGUGCAGCUAAGGCUCUAUUCCAUCCAUACCAAGUCUUUGCAGGAGCUUCUUGUUCAUCUAAAGCCAGAACCAUCAGUAGCUCCACCAACACCUUCUCUUAUUUCUUCAUUGAACACAAGUAUUGGGCAAGGGGCCAGAGACGCACUGUCAGACCUGAGUGUAGAGACAGGAACGGGAACGGAAGCCAGUGUAGACCUUGAUGAAUCCGAUGCUGCAUCAGACACCUCCGCAUCUACAAGACCUAAACUCAUUGCACCAGAUGCCUUCACUCAUACCACAAAAGACGCAUCACGCCCAGAAAGUAAUGCUAGUAAUGUCAGUAGUGGUACUUUAGUCUCUGCCCUCGAGGCCUCACAGAAUUCUGUAGAGGAAUCUGUCAUGUCGUCAGUCACCUCAAGGCUCUCCGAUAGCACCAGAUCUAGUACACAAGAAACAGUGCCACAGAAUUUCUUUGGACAGCCAAGUAGUGUGUUGACCCCAACGUCUCUACCUCUACCGGCUACUCCUCCUUUCUCUUUGGCUCCAGACGCCGCUGCUGUGCCUAUACCUACAUUCAAGUCAUCACCAAUUACACCCAAGAAUACUGAAACUCUGUUCCACCCAAACCCUAGAGGAGACGGCUUAGGUCUUGAUGUUGAAGCAAAGGAAGAGAGAGCAGAGGACUCGGAUGGCGAGGAACGAUCCUUGACUCCUGUAGCGGAUGUUACAGUGGAAGGGAGCGAGCAGGCUGAGGAGCCAUCCCCGGCCUCUGUUGGUAAAGAUCCUAUUGCUGUUACAAAAGUCACCAAAUCAGAAUCAACUGAAAGUGAUGAACCUUAUGGCCAAGAUGAGGUAUCUGAGGAAAACACCCCGAUAGAAGACAAAUCUACUAUGGACAGUUCUUGGAUGACUGCCAGUGAUAGACAUUCACCUCGUGAUCACACGCCACAUGUAAAUGUGAUGAAGACUAAAAAGAUGGUCCUUGAACAGGGUCUUGUCUCAUCUCCUGUAGCUAGAGUUGACAUUCCUCCUGAGUCUUCAAGAGAAAACUAUCAGGACUUGUCGUCCACCCUCAGUGAACUACUUCAACUUGUCCAAUCCCAGCAGACCCAUAUCUUGACUCUCAGGCAGGAAGUGAACACAUACCAAACGCACAACCGCCAGACCAUUAGCGACUUGGUCAGAGGAGAGGUGGAGAAACUAGAAGAGACUACGCUAGAGAGGGUCAAUGGUGGACUGGCACAGCACAGCAUCGAAGAGAAUCAACGGCUCGACAAGGCGCUGCGCGAACGACAAACAGCCGACAAGAAGAAGCAAGAACAUCUCACCAGCACUCUGUCCCAGGCUGUGACCAACUCCAUAACAGGAAAACUGGACAAAACGCUGAAAAAUGAAAUGAAGAAUAACGUUGUACCAGCCGUGCAAAAAGUUUUGGCACCUGUACAAGAGCAGCUUACUACAACCAUGCAGCAGAAAUUGACUGCUGCUGAUGCCGUACUGAAGGACAGUAUCAACAAGAUGGUCAAGAAUAAGGGCGUAAUAGAGGCUAUUGGUACUUCGGCAGCCAGUGCUCUUCAGGGGCCUAUCCAAGACUCUUAUAGAGAUGCAUUCCAGAAUACCGUCUUGCCAGCAUUUGAAAGAGCUUGCCAAGCAAUGUUCCAUCAAAUAAAUGACGCGUUCCAAAAGGGAACACAUCAGUACUUAGAGAAGGUAACCAUGACUAUUGAAUCACAGAAGCGAGGGGAGAGAGAAUCCCUCGAACCAGCCUUUGAACAGCUACAGUCCCAACUGCAGCUGUUAAGGUCUGAGUCUCGGAAAGAUAGUACUAACCUUAUCCAGGAGGUGGAGUCGGUAAUACAGAAACAACUGGCUACUGCUUUACACAGUUUGCGUGAAGAAAUGGUUUCGCGGUUUGAGUCGCAAGUCAAAGCAUCUCUACAAGAAACUGUGAAGGCAGAGGUUCAACAGGCUCUACAAGAGAUGCACCAGACAUACAAUACAGCUGUUGCACAAGAAACGGCAACGGCAACGCCACAGCAAGUCAGCGUAGAUCACAAGAAACGCAUCAGUGAUCUUCUCAAGGCGGGUCAUAUUCCUCAAGCCUUCCAAGAAGCGUUGACAGCAGCCGACUUGAGUCUUGUGGUCUUUGUGUGCGAAGGUGUAGACAGUAAUGAUCUGUUCUCGCAGACAGAGAAUCAGUUGCCCCAGCCAGUGUUGCUUUCCCUGAUUCAGCAGCUAUCUGUCGAUUUGCUCUCCAACACCGAACUCAAGCACAGGUACCUCACAGAAGCCCUUAUGUUGCUUGACGUAAAUAACGAAGUGACAAGAGAACAUCUACCAGGGGUCCUCCAAGGUCUUUGCCAACAGUUGGAUUAUGCGAUUAGGCAUUGCUCAGGGAUCACUCAAAGAAACCUGAAGAUGUUGCUCAUGGCAGCCAAGUCCCUUCUUAGAUAAUCCUUUGCUGAGGAUUAACAGCUGAAACUUUUGGUGUCGCGGAGUCUUUUGAUAGAAAGAGUAGUAAAAUUAUAAGCACAGAUGCUCGUAUCAAGUUCUAGUUUCUCACUGUUUGUCUUACGGUUAUAUUUGUUUCUUUCACACAACCAAUAAACUACUUUAUGUAACCUU